UCUGUUAUUUUCUUCUCCUUUUGAUGGUGUGAAACUAUUAAUCUCUCUCAACUGCCCUUUUCUACAAGCAAUUUUCAUGGCUUCGGUUCAACGUUCAAAACCAAUGAAAUCUGGAAGCUGUGACACUGUUGAUGCAUUAGGGUUUCUAAAUGACACUCUAAAAGUUGCAUUUCUUCAUAUAAGUGGUUUCAAAGCAAAAGUGGAGAGCUUGUUUAUGCCGAAUGAACAUCCAACCACACUUUCAUUAUUAGAGUCCCAAGAUGUUGCAUCAGAGUUUUUGAAAGCAGUAAAAGUUGCCUCCAAUAAAGAAGAUUACGAUGAUUUUCUAAAAGUUAUCAAAGAUUACGGGGAUAAAACUAUUGAUAUGAGGUGUUUCUCGGCGAGGGUGAGUGUGUUGCUCAAAGGGCGUGCCGAUUUAAUUUUGGAGUUCAACAACUUCCUUCCAACGGAAUAUCAUAUGAGAGUUCCUCCUUGGGAUCAACUUCCUUGGGAUGUGCUUGAUGUGGUUUCUAGAACACUAGAUUUUGGCGAUCUUGUUCAAUUUUCUUGUGUUUGCGCGAAUUGGAGAGAUUUUCAGAAGAAUCGAAGACGAGAUAUUGAUGCGUUAAGGUUUCUAAAGAGAGUCAAAGUUGCAUUUCGAUAUAACAUGAAAAAGUAUGGUCAAUUUAUGAAAGUCCUAAGCGAUUACCGUGCAAACUCUCUUGAUAUAAAUGGUGUCAAAGCAAAAGUCCAGAGCAUGUUUGAAGGGCAUGUGUAUUUAAUUUUGGAAUUCAACAAAUUCUUGCCGAAGAAACAUCGAAUCACACUUCCACCUGAGACUAUGGUUAGUACUGCUAAUUUCUAGUUCAUACUUUUCAUAAUCAAAUUUCUUGUCAUUUCAAGAACCAUUUUUGUUGAGAUUUCGGGUGACAGGGGAUGAUCAUAUUGUUUU